CUAACCUAUCUAUUUAAUGUGGUCAAGUAUGAAAAGAUCGCAUAGGAUCAAUGGAUCCUGUUAAUUUUCGUGUUUAAUUUCAGUUUCGGGAAUGAAAUAAAAGACGUUCGUUAUAGGUUGAGUGUGGAUUAACAAGUGCAAGAUUAAAAAAAAAUGGAAGUGACUUCUUCGAAUUUUCAAGAGGUCCUAGUGGAAUUAGAUGAAAUUUUGAAGAAUGCAACAUUUCUUUGUAUCGAUGGAGAAUUUACAGGACUUAAUUCAGGACCUGAUGGCGGUGUCUUUGAUACACCUGCUCAGUAUUAUGCAAAAUUAAGAACAGGAUCAAUGGAUUUCCUUCUUAUACAAUUUGGCCUUUCUGUCUUUACAUUUAAUAAAGAAAUGCAAAAGUAUAAUCAACGAUCCUAUAAUUUUUAUGUUUUUCCACGUCCGUUAAAUCGUAUGGCUCCAGACUGCAGAUUCAUGUGUCAAACUUCCAGUAUAUCAUUUCUAGCGUCACAAGGAUUCGAUUUUAAUAAACUUUUCAAAUUGGGCAUUCCUUAUUUAACUACAAAUGAAGAAGAAAAAUUGAUGAAACGAUUAGAGGAGAAACAGAGGAUAAGAGAUGAAGGAACAGAAAUAUUGCCUAUUUCGGACGUCGAGAGACCUCAGAUUGAAGAGAUUUGUUCGAGGAUAGAUGAAUUUGUCACUUCCGAAACAGAAGAACUAUUGAUAGAAAAAUGUAAUGCUUUCAUUAGACGACUCGUGUAUCAGGAAGUAAAACUAAGAUGGCCAAACAAAUUAAAAGUUGAAAGUAAAAUGAACAAUUUUGGAUGCAUUCUUGUAGUACAAAGAUUAGGAACUAAGGAAGAAGAAGAACAAAGAGAGAUUGAGAAAAGAGAAAGAGAAAAAACAGAAAUUCAACAAGCAGUUGGAUUAAGUAUUCUUAUGAGGAAAAUUGCAGAUUCCGGAAAAUUAAUAGUCGGUCAUAAUAUGUUAUUAGAUCUCUGUCAUAUAGUACAUCAAUUUUUUGGACAAUUACCGGAAUCAUAUUUUGAGUUUAAGAGUCUUGUUCAUAGUCUAUUUCCAAGAAUUUUAGAUACAAAAAUAAUUUGCCAUUCGCAGCAAUUUAAGGAAAAUAUACCAUCGUCGAAUUUAGGUAUAUUACUAGAAACUGUUAGUAAAUCACCGUUUAAAAUUACAGAAGUGGAACCUAUCGAUGGUAGAAGUUAUUCUACAUUAUCAGAAAAAUGUCACGAGGCUGGUUACGAUGCAUAUAUAACUGGAAUAUGUUUCAUUGCAUUGUCCAAUUAUCUUGGUUCCUUACAAAAACCUGAAGUGCCGAUAGUUUUAUCGGAUUCACCUUUACUCAAUCCUUUUUUAAAUAAACUUCUCAUAGCAAGAUUAAAAGAUGUGCCGUAUAUAAAUCUUGUUGGAGAUGAUCCUAACCCAAGUAGAGAUCAUGUAUUCCAUUUAACAUUCCCAAAAGAGUGGAAAUUUAAUGACAUAUCUCACUUGUUUAGUCCAUUUGGAAGUGUGCAUGUGUCAUGGUUAAGUGAUAUAUCCGCAUACAUAGAAUUACAUCGUCGGGAUCAAGUCAACGAGGUGAUGAAAGUUCUAGCUAAAACGAGUACCUAUAAAUUACAAAGGUAUGCCGAUUACCAAGCUUCUUUAGAAAACUUCAAUACAGGAGAGCGUAAACGAAAAUUAUCUUCGUCCGAGGCAGUGUCCACGUUGAAAAAGGGUGAGAAAUCGGUGGCAACGAACGGCGUGAAGAACCCUCAGGACGACGAUAGCUGGGAAGUAGCCACAGGGAAACGACGCCGGAAGCGGAGGAACUAUGCGGAUGCAGAGAAUGCGCAAAGAUCGAAACAGAAACCCUUUGUCGAGCCUGAUUCCUGGGAAUAAGUUUGCCCGAAAAGGGAGCAAUCGAAUUGUAAACAUAUCGUCCUGUGACGGAGUGACGGUAAAACAAGUUGAAGAUUAAUAUUGAAAUAUAGACGAUAUAUUUUAUUGUAUCAUA